CUGAAGCUUGUUGGUGGACUUCAAGCACCAGAAGAUUACAUGGAUUAUUCACAAUUCGUCAAUCCUUUGAUUGGUUCAGAGGGUGCCAUCUCAGGGCUCGCCUAUGGAGGAGGCGAUAUCUUUGUCGGCGCCGCUAUGCCAUUUGGUAUGGUCAAAUUAGGCAUCGAUACUCUUGAAACGCCAUUGAACAUGACCACCAUAAAUGGAGGCUACACCCCUCGAGGAAGGGUUACCGGUAUUUCUAUGCUACAUGAGUCAGGUACUGGUGGUGGGCCAAAAUAUGGAUAUCCAUCACAGAUGCCCUUGGUAUCUGUGUCAUCGCCAGUCAACAUUCUGGACAACAAUACGUACAUGCAGGAGAGGAUCUAUUCCGAAGAGAUGGCUCGCGUGGGCUACUUCAAGACCAAACUUCAGAAUAAUGUUACUAUCGAACUAUCAGCAAGUCGUCAUGCUGGAAUCAUGAGCUACCUAUAUCCUUCAGAUGAAAAGCAUAUUCUCGUAGACGCUUCCCAUUUUCUACCAAGUAUAAAUAGAGCUUGGGAUGCUCAGCUGUACGUUGGAGGAGAAAUAGAAAUACAACCAGGUGGCCUUGUAUAUACCGGGUGGACAAGCAUCGCAGGUGGCUGGAAUAUCGGCGCUCCAGUCACCAUAUAUUUUUGUGGCGAGUUCGAUCAAGCCCCUUCUCAGGCCAGAACGUUCUCUGGACGCAACACGAUCCCAAGCAGUCGCUACUUUCGCAGUUUCCAGGCGGCGGAUGCGAGUAUUCCUGAACCUACAUUCGGUCAAGAAGUCGCCCGGUCUGGACCACUUGGAGAUCGCAUUGGUGCCCUGUUUUCAUGGAAUACGACCGGAAUUUCACGAAUUAAAUCCCGUGUCGGAGUAUCUUUCAUGUCUAUCGACAAAGCUUGCAACUACAAAACUCAAGAGAUACCUUCUUGGGAUCUACAGAAUAUUGUUGUAUCAGCCCGUGAAGAGUGGAAUAGAGAUGUCUUCAGUAAGAUCAAAGUUGCUAUCAAUGAGGGAGCCAACAUGACUCGUGUUGCAUUGCUUUAUUCGUCCCUCUAUUUUAUGCACCUGAUACCUUCAGAGCGCGUUGGAGAAAAUCCUCUCUGGGAGUCUGCAGAGCCUUACUGGGACGACAUCUAUACAAUGUGGGAUCUUUUUCGUAACCAAGCUAGUCUUUAUCAUCUUAUACAACCGAGGUACUACGAGAGCCUAAUCAGAGCCGUAAUCGACAUGUGGAGAUUCGAAGGCUUCCUGCCAGAUGGAAGGUCUGGCAAUUACAACGGUCUAGUACAGGGCGGUUCAAAUGCCGAUAAUGUACUUGCCGAUGCCUACGUCAAAGGCCUCCGUGGGGCCAUCAACUGGACCGACGGAUACAUGGCAGUCCGGACUAAUGCUGAAGUCUACCCAUUCUACGACAACAACCCAGUGGACUCUCAAGGUACCUUGAAAGAAGGCCGAGGAGCUCUAGACGACUGGAUUCCGCUCGGAUAUGUCACUGCUGACCGUAACACUCGGUGUAUCUCUAAGACUGUGGAAUAUGCUCUCAACGACUUUGCAGUCAGCCAGAUUGCCUCAGGCGAAAUGGUGGCUGAGCAAGAAAAGUACCUCAACAGAGGUGCUGGAUGGCAACUAAGUUGGAGCCACGAUGCACAGAGCCGUAACUUUACAGGUUUCAUGGCACCAAGGUUUGCGAACGGUACCUUUGAUUCCAAUUACGAUCUUGAUCAGUGUGGGGACUGCAAUUGGGCAGAUUAUUGUUAUGAAGGCACGCCUUUUGAGUAUUCGUUCGUCGUUCCACACGAUAUGGAAACAUUGAUUGGCUUCAUGGGUGGUCAAACUCUCUUUGAAUCCCGAUUAGACUACAUCUUCCAAGCCAACACUACCAGUGCUGAUCUAGGAGUCAACGGAUUAGGCAUCACCACUCUGAUGAACAUUGCCAACGAGCCUGACUUCGCGACUCCGUAUUUGUACAACUACAUCAACAAGCAGCACAAGUCCGUUCAGCGGUCCCGAAGUCUCGGCUACGAAUUUUUCUUCAACGCCACUAACGGCAUCCCUGGAAAUUCUGACGCUGGGGCUCUGAACUGCUGGCUACUAUGGCAAAUGCUCGGUUUGUACCCCAUCGUGACAACCCCAGUAUACUUGAUCGAAAGCCCUUGGUUUGACGACAUUAAUAUAACAAUCAACCACGACAAGAAUUUGCGGAUCACAGCUUCGAAUUUAGAUGAUGCAAAUAGUCGCAAAGGUUUUUAUGUCCAGAGCGUGAGUAUCAAUGGACAGAUAUGGGACAAAAAUUGGUUCGAACACGAGGAUUUGGGUAUCAUGACAGAGGGAGGUGAAAUUCAUUUUGAACUGGGCAGUGAACCGAUCGUGUGGGAGACGGGUCCAGUGCCACCGAGCCCUGGUCAUGUGGUCCUUGAUGGGAAGUGAGUUACGUGGUUCACUUAAAUUCUCGGUCAAAUACCGUCGUGAUCGUAGCCAAAGAUUGUUUAUGACUAUAUGUAAUGCAAAGCUUUUGUUCGACUCCAAUCUACCACAUAGGUAGAAUGGUGGUCAUGUUCAUAUUGGCGACCCGGCGGAGGAAUUGGUAGGCUGCAUUGUUGCCACAAUUCUUUGUCGUCGAUCUUACCCAACACAGUCGCUGCGCCAUGAUUUCUGAGAAAGGCAAAAACGUCACUGAUAUGGGUCAUCAAUCUUAUAUUAUACCAUCUCCUAUGCAACAU